AUGGUGCACACGAGCCAAGUGUACUUGCUGGAUUACGGCGCUGGGAACGUCCGCAGCGUCAUCAACGCCGUCGAAACGCAGGGCUUUCAGCUCAAGUACAUUCAAUCCGUUGAGGACUUUGACAAAGCUGACAAGAUCAUCUUCCCUGGUGUCGGCGCCUUUGCCAGCUGCAUGGCCAAACUCGAGGCCCUAGGCUACGUGGAACCUCUCCGCAAGUACAUCGCCUCGGGCCGCCCCUUCUUCGGUGUCUGCCUCGGCAUGCAAACCCUGUUUGAGGCCAGUGAGGAAGGCGAGGGCCUCAUCAAGGGCCUCGGGGUUGUCCCCUCCGUCAUCUCCAAGUUUGAGGUUCCGGGCCUGGCUGUGCCUCACAUGGGCUGGAACGUGGCCACCGUUUGCAAGCCCAAUCCCAUUUUGCCCCAUGACCAAGAGCGCUAUUACUUUGUGCACAGCUUCAAGGCCAUGCCCACCGAGACCAUGCGCGACUGGGUCAUGACCACGACCACCUACGGCGUGGAAUUCGUCUCCUCCAUCUUUCUCAACAAUGUCAUGGCCACGCAAUUUCACCCGGAAAAGUCGGGCACGGCGGGUCUUCACAUCUUUCGUCGCUUUCUCGAGCUCCCAGAUCUUAUCACCGCCCCCGCCUACCCACUCGCGGACCCUGCUGUGGGCUCGAAAGCAGGUCUUGCGCCCCGCGUUAUUGCCUGCCUUGAUGUCCGUGCCAACGAUGCUGGGGACCUCGUGGUCACCAAGGGCGAUCAGUACGAUGUUCGCGAAAAAGAUGAUGCGGGCGACGUGCGCAACCUCGGCAAGCCCGUCGAAUUGGCCAAGCGCUAUUAUGAGGAAGGCGCCGAUGAGGUGACCUUUCUCAACAUCACUUCUUUCCGCAACUCGCCACUCAAGGACCAGCCGAUGCUCGAGGUGCUGCGCCAAACGUCACGGGAAGUUUUUGUGCCGUUGACCAUUGGCGGUGGCAUCAAGGAUAUUGUCGACCCCGAUGGCACCGCACGCAGCGCUUUACAGGUUGCCGAUGAGUACUUUCGCAGCGGAGCUGACAAGGUUUCCAUUGGCUCGGACGCAGUGCUCAUUGCCGAGGCUUACAUCGCCAGUGGCAUGCAGACGGGAAAAUCGAGCAUUGAGACAAUCUCGGCUGUCUACGGCAGCCAGGCAGUCGUCAUUUCCGUCGACCCCACGCGCGUUUACGUACAAUCUCCCAGCGAUGUCAAGCACCACACCAUCAAAACCAGCGUGCCCGGACCCAACGGCGAGAGUUAUUGCUGGUACCAGUGCACAAUCAAGGGUGGUCGCGAACGCCGGGACCUGGGUGCGUAUGAACUGGUUCGAGCGUGUGAGGCGCUCGGUGCAGGUGAGAUCUUGCUCAACUGCAUGGACAAGGACGGCACGAACAGUGGCUAUGAUCACGAGCUCAUCUCAGAUAUUAAAAAGGCCGUGGGCAUUCCCGUGAUCGCCUCCAGCGGAGCUGGGCGCGUCGAGCACUUUUCUGCAUGCCUGCGCGAAUGUCAACCCGACGCCGUGCUGGCCGCUGGCAUCUUCCAUCGCCAAGAAGUACCCAUUGCCGCUGUCAAGACUCAUUUACAGGAGCAGGGCUUUGCCGUCCGCGGUGCUGCCCUCUCUGCUUAG